CGGCUGACCACAUGCAAACACCAGCAGCCUGAAGGCAGCCUGAUCAGCACUGAUCGUUAAGAUAACAGGGCAGUCGCGCAUCAACUGCCGUCUUCGGCUGACACUAAAUCCAUCGUGCGUCGGGAAAUGAAGGCCACUCGGCCCAGGCAUUUCCGACGUGCUGGCAAGCCGAUUUUGCGCUCCGGCAGCCCACUUGAGUCGAAAUUAGCGAAAGAAGUUACGGAGAACUUCGAGACGAGUGAGCAGAACAGGGAGAUGGGGUUAAGGCAGCCAGGCCGCCACCGGUCUGCCUCGGCAAUUGCCCGAUUGGGAUUACCCUCGGGCCAGCCUGAUUACUGACACCAACGGACUCGCCGGUCCAGCCGCCAUCUCGCCUUCUCCCCGUGGAGUCAGCACUUUCUGGGGCAAUCCGUGUAUUU